AUGGGCUCUCAACCUCAAGCAGACAUCACCCUCUACACCAACCACGCGUGCCCUUGUAUGUAUAUCAAUCAUGUCACGUUCAUCAUAUUGUACUCCGCUGACCUUCCUCCCCCCGCAGUCGCGCACAGGGCCCACAUCACCCUCGCCGAACUUGGUCUCCCCGUCAAAGAGAACAUCAUUGAUCUCAGCGCCCCCCGAACCCCAGAGUACCUGGCGAUCAACCCGCGCGGCCUCGUCCCAACAAUCAUCUACAAUGGCGAGACCAUCACCGAGUCCGCCAUCGUAGCUCAAUUCCUCGCCGAUGCGCAUCCCAGCCAUCUCCUCCCCGCGUCGACGGACAAGAACGGUCCGCUGACCAGAGCGAGGAUCGCCUUCUUCGCUGAUGCGUACUCGAGCAAGGUCCAGGCGCAUAUCAGCAAGGCUACUUACACUGCUCAGACGGAGGACGAGGUCAAUCAGGCUGUGGAUGAUGCCGUUGCUGGUAUUGUGAAGGAGGUUGAGCCUCUUCUCAAGAAUGCGGCGCCUUAUUUCAACGGGAGUGAUAAGCUCACCUUUGCAGAGGUCCUUGUAGCUCCAUUCGUCAUUCGCCUGCUAUCAUCGUCCAAGCACGGCCUCCUACCAGCCAAUCUCCCCUCCCGCCUCGAGAAAGAGACCCCCAACUUCUACAAGUGGGCGCAAGUCAUCAGCAAGAACCCCAGCGUCCUGAAGAUCUACGACGAGGACGUGGUCAUCGAGUCAAGCAAGAGAGUGAAAGCCAAGUUUGCCAGCAAGGCCUAA